UAGUCUUUAACUGAUCGCUCGACCGUGCCGAUGAUUUAAUUUUUAAGUUUGAAACGUUGAACAAAACCUGCGCCAAGUGUAGCAAAACGAUACUCACAUUACCUACCAAGCAUACAUAUAUAUAAAACUAUGAAUGUAUGUUCAUACAGAUGUGCGAAAACUAAAGCUGGAUACAUAAAUAAAAAAGAAAAAUAGCUUAGAACAUUAUUAAUUGCUCAUUAAAAAAAAAUAACGAAUUAAAUAGAGAACGCAACGAGAAAGUAAAUGCAAUUAAAAACGAAAGUUAAAUCUGAUGAAGAGGAAAUCUAGAUGUGUCAACAAGAAAUAUUUAAAUACUUAAAUUGUAUGUGCAGCACAGUUGCGUAUGUGCCACGCAUUAUUAAACGAGACACGAAGAGCGUAUCUAUAAAGUAAAUGAAUCUAUAUACUAUAUAGUAUAUCUUAUACGAACUACAACAUAAAAACAACAACAACGAAGACAUAAAACGACGACGCGAAAAUCUAAUAAACGAUAAGUUUUUCAUAUAAAGAACUGCAAAUAAUAAAAAAUAUAUAUAAAGCAACGAAAUCUACAACUUAUUGGAUGAAUUUUAUAAGUUACAAUUCAUUAAUUAAUCAACAUUUUAUUUGCAACAAAAAGACCACGCUAAAUACCUAUAUAUAGCAAACUCUUAUCAAAAAGAGUUGAUAUUACAUUUGUCUUGCAUAGAAGACUACGAAAUAAAUCAGCGUACUAAACUUAGUGCAACGUAUUAGCAAAGAAAGAAAAGAAACAAAACAAAAAAUUGUGAUAUGUACAACUAUACUCAAAUAUUGAAGCAACAUAUAUAAACGUUUAUUCCAAGUAUACCCAGACGCUACACGAGUAAUAAACGUUUAUUGAACGCACAGAAGAAAAACAAAAACCAAAGAUUAGGUUUUUCACACAUAUAAGUUUUAAGAAGAAGCAAGAAUAGUGCAAGCAGCUAAAACAUGGCAGAGAAAGUGGAAAUCUCAGCAGCCACAUUUAAUAAUAAUAACAAUCAUCAUCAACAAAAGGUGCGCAAGUCGCCCGACUUUCAACCCAUUAUGCCUGGCGUUAUAUCCAGAGAGCGCAGCUUUGUGCGCACCUCAAAUCAACAGAACUUGAAUAAAAGACGCAGCUUGGCGUUCAAUGUGCCUGGUAAUCAACAAGGACAAAUGCGUGGCAAGCCUGCUAUGGAUAUAUAUAGACCGCCAAAUGUGCGCGGCAGUGACACAUUUGCCACCAAUGGUGCUGGUAGCGUUGGCGGUGGUGGUGAUGGUGGUGCAGUUGGUGGUGCUGCUAUUGGAGUCACGAACAAACUGAACAUUAAUGCCCAGGAGUUCACAAUGACAACGCCACCGACAGAGUCACUUAACAAUUGUUCAUCACUUAUAUUUCCGGGCAUGUUGCAACAACAACAGCAGCAACAAUAUGUGGCUGCCUCCAAUGCAAUUUUAAACAGACGCCAAGCAGGUCUCUCCCUAGGCAACAUGCCUGCAUUAGGCAAUCUUAAGGCUGGACAUCAUCGUUCCAUAUUGGUAACGCAUCCCAUAAGCCCCAUGGGCGGUCAGCUGCCGCUAAUGAAUUCACCCUCCAGCGGCAAUAUACUACAUACAACCAAUCGAGUCAAGUUUGCGCCUGAUCCUCGCGCACAGAAGUCACAGUUUGGUCAGCAGCCUCAGUUUGGCAAUGUACAGCCGCAAUAUCAGCUUAAUGGCUGCGAUCCGUAUGCCAAUGGCAAUGCCUUGCAGCGCUCCAAGUCGCUAUCGUCUGCAGAUGCUCUAACACGCGGCAUGGCUGGCUUGGGCUUGGGCCUGGGCAAUGAGGUGGCCGACAUUGGACAGUUUACGCCAGAGAUACAAGCGUUGAUAGACACAGCUUUGGACAAUCCAAAUACGUUGAAUUCGCGCUGCCUUAUGGAACUAACAUCGCAGUUUAUAAAACGCGCUGUGGAGAGUCGACGCUUUGCUUUGCCCAUCUCACGGCUCUGUCUCAAUAUUAUUGCCAAGGAACAGAAGGAGACAUUCUUAGAAGCGCUGCUGAACACAUGCCGUCAAUGGUAUCAGGAACGUGAAAAGUUGCUGUUUGCCAUUCAAGGCAUGAAGUCGCCAUCACGUGUGCGUUUUACAGCUUUCAUGGCAUUUCUAACAGAAAUGUUUUGCCAGCUAAAGCGUCGCCAGCUACAGCUGCGCACCCACAGCGAGGGCACACCACCGCCUUUGGUGUUGCUCAGUUUGCUCUCCAAGUGCUGCGAGGAUUGUGUGCGUCCGCCAGUGCGAUCGCUUUCGGAGAUUGAGUGCCUUUUCUACGUGCUUACCUGCAUUGGCCAAGAUAUGGAGCAGCAGCUGCCGCAGCAGUUGGAGCUGCUUAUGUCUCUGGUGCGCGAUGCGUUUCUCAAUGCUGGCGAUGCUGCGGCUGCUAUACGUCGCACUCUGCUGCAGUUAAUUGAGUUGAAGGCCUCCCAUUGGCAGUUGCCGGGAAAUUCAGUGCUCUACUACACGCAUACCAACAACUAAGCUUGGAAUUGGUUUAUGGCAGCGCCCAGGCAUUUUGGCAAUUUAUAGCAAUAAGCAGACAUUAUUAUUGUGGACGAAUUGCAUUUAGGCCUGUUCGCAUGCAAAGCGCAACUAUUUACCGUACAUCUCUCGUACAUAGUUAUUAAGCAAUAUUUAUUUUUCAAUUACUAGUUAGAGAACUAACCCAAGCAAUAAUUUACAUUACACACACGUAUUUACACAAGCUCAACACUUAUCCGCAUCAACUGACAAGGUGCAUACAUGAGACAAUUCAUUAUGCUGCUUUAAAAAGGCUCAAUUUGUAUGUGAAACCAUAUUAUUAUUAUAUGUAAUAAAACUACGCUAG